AUGUCUGUUCCCGUUCGGUCGACCUCGCCACGCGCGCGAAGGGCAUUACACGAGCGGACUCCCUCUCACUCAAAUGAAAGAUCGCCAACCCGCUCAUUGCGCAUGGUUCCCGAUGAAAACCUCGAUAUGUACACCGCGACUCCAUUCCCGACCAAGCCCGAGCAGAUCCUGUUGCCGCUCCCAGGGAGACAACAACAAUACAUAUCAGACACCGGUUUCAGCUAUUCAGACCACCUCGGACCAUCCACCUCAGCGUAUUCCCCACCGACUUUCAGCCAACCCACACCUAACAGCCCCAGAGAUCACUCAAUCGGUAGCUGGGAUGUAUCCUCCACCGUGGAUACCGGUAACUCGCCUCCGCAAUUGUGGGAUGAUGAUCCAUCCUCAAGCAAGUCAUCGCUGCCAGACGGUUCGGGGAAAGCACCAGACUAUGGGUCCGAGAGUUCAGAAGCCGAGUUCUCCGACGACGAUAUGAUGGUCUUGCCGACGACCACCCCAACCAUAAAAGCCGUAAUCUCCGAGCCAUCCAUGUCGCCAAAGUCCUCUGCCGAGUCCGUAACGGACUACUCCAGCCCCAUCCUCGAACAAAUCGGGGCCCCGUCAAGUCCCAACUUUGUUAUGCUGGAUAACUCGAGCAUGAACUUCCACCGUCCGGGUACAGCAUCCUCGGAGUCAGACCCACGAACGAACUCACUCUCUUCAUAUAACUCCCGAGGAACCGUCGUCAGACACGUCGGCUCUGCACCCUGGUUCCAAAAUGCCUUUCAACCAGCCUCAUCCGAGCAAUCCUAUGGAUCCCCGUCAUUCCAUUCCAGCCCGCCCACUCAGUCAAUAGCCUCAUUCCACUCGAGUCCGCUCGCCCAAUCCAUAGCCUCGUUCCACUCGUCAUCCAGGGCACCAUCAGGCAGCCAUUCCCAAUCAGCAAGAUCAUCUUCUCGCAGUCUCCGCUCCGCUUCUGACUUGCAGGCAGCCAUCGACAAUGGAGUUCCUAUUCAAUACCCACGUAUUCGCGCGCCAUCAUCUUCAAGCUCCCGCGCCGGUACAUCAGCUCCAUCAGAACGCGACUUCACCCCUGGUCCUGCCUCUGGACGUUGCAACCCCCACCUGGCAUCGGGUCGCUGGAACCCGCAUCUAUCAACAGUCUCCUCCAUCUGGUCCGCCGAUGAAUUAACCAACCUCGCUGGCGAACCAGACACAGACUCGGACCGCGAAAUGGCAGAGCCCACUCCACCGCCACAAGCAGCCCUGGCAACGGAAACCACCAGAUCCUCCGUCUGGCUCGUCGACCCGUCAAACGACAGCGAAGACGAACGCCUCGACAGCCUAACCAAACUCCCCACCCGUCCAAUCUUCUCCCAAAGCCUCUCCUCGGGCUCAAAACGGAGCAACAGCACCCGCAGCCUCCAACGCCCAGGAACCGGUUCAAGCACAAUCCUUAAUAUCCUCCCAACAUGGGCAAAAGUCUACUACCUCCGCGAACCAAUGGGUCUAAACUCAACUCUCUCAAUGAUAGACGCUAGUCGUCCACCAUCAACUAGACCCGGAACUUCAAACUCCAGCGUCUUCAGCUUAGUCCCAGGACCCCUCAAUAUCCCCCGUCCCCGCUCCCCAGAACAUACCCGUCCUCCCUCCCCACAACGCAACCCCCAACCAAUCCCCCAACGCCGGCUGGACAGCGACCCCCGCGAUCCACGCGCCCACUGGGUCCCAUCCCCGCAACCUGAAGACGGCGAGUUUACCGGCAGCCACCUCCACCGUCUCCGACACAGUUGGUCACCACAUCUCGUGCCCGACCGACGUGUUGUACAACAGUCGACAAGUCGGUGGCGUCCGCCAUCGCUCGACUCGCGCUACGAGCCUGUCCUCGGCCGUCGAAAUAUACAGGUCUAUUCAUUCUGUCUGGGAUUCAUUUUCCCACCUGCCUGGUGUGUGGCAGCGUUCCUGCCCCUGCCGCCUAAACCCAAGGUUCCGCAGAUGAUUGAGUUCGAGGCUGGGUCGGAUGUUGGUAAUGCGCUCGAGGCUCAAUGUGUCAAUUUGCAGCAACGGAGGAGGGACAAUGCGCGUUGGUGGAGGAAUCUUAAUCGAUGGAUGAUUUCUCUGGGUGUGAUUAUUCUGGUUAUUAUUAUUGUGCUGGCUGUUAUUGGCACUACCUCGGGUUUUUAG